CAUGUUUUGGUUUGGUUUUGUGAAUGCGUGUGUGCUUGUAUGCAUGUAUGCGGGGUGUGUGUGGGAAAUGAAACCUUCAUUUAAAAAAAGCAGAAAAAAACCCAAGAAAAAAGCAGAAAAAAAGUGAACCUCUUUCACACCAUAAAAACAAUUAUUUACACACUCACAAAUCCAAACACGCAAUAACACAUAUUAAACGUCAAACCUUAUUAUUGUUUUUUUAGCAUCAAUGACUAUCGGGCACCGCGUACUUUGCUCGUUGCCCAUAGCGGCUCUUGCGCUAAGCGUCGCAGCUCAAGUUCAGCACCAGAGGUUUACGCCCUUUGACCUGGUCCAAACCACGCGGCUUUCAGGCACCCCGGCGAUCUCGCCCGGAAACACCGCACUGGCCUACAUCCAAACGCACUACUCCGUUGAGAAAAGGCGCCAAACCACGCAGCUCGUAAUCCAGCCGCUGGGAGGAGAAGGACACCUGGCCGAUUCAGGUCUUACUGGGGAAAUCGUUCUCGAGCACUCGACAGACGUGCGACCAUCUGCUGCUGCAUCCAGUGCUAAAAAGACCGGAAUGAAACCGGCGCAGCCCGUGUGGCUGAGCGACUCCGCCCUGGCAUUCGUGGUGCUGGGCGACAGCGAGUCCACCGUAUACGCGCUCGAUAAAAAACACAAAGGCCAUGGGCGGAACAGUGGGUGGGGCAAGCCCAAGGAGGUCACCCGGGUGGAUGCCGAGAUCUCUGACCUUGCAUACAGCCGCGAAUCCGGCAUUCUGGCAUUCACUGCGCCGGUAUACACCGGCACAAGCAUUAAGCAAACUGCCGAGCGCGACAAAAAUGAGACCCAGGACAGGGCAGAUUCCGGGCAAGUGUUCGACGAACUCUGGGUGCGCCACUGGGACGCAUUCGUGUCGCCCAAGGUCAGUCAGAUCCACAGUCUCCGGGUAUCGCCCCGUGGCCUGGUGGUGGCGGGCAAGAGGGGCAGCGCCGGGCCGCACAACGUUAUGCGGGGAACAGCGGUGGCUGACGGUGCGCGGUUCGAGGCGCAGCAGGGCUUUGUGCUGUCGCCAAAUGGCACGCGCGUGGCGUUCGUCGCCAAAAAUCCAGCAUUAGAGUACGCGUGGCAGACCACCAGCUACAUCUACCUGGCCAGCACCGACAGCGACAGCAACAACAAGACUGGGCCAGUAUUAGUGGUUAACCAGGAGGCCGGCGCGGGCGCGAGCAGCAGCCCGGCGUUUAGCGCGGACGGCGCAAGGCUGGCGUACCUGCAGAUGCUGCACCCGGCAUAUGAGGCCGACCGCAACCGCAUCCGGGUCUACGACAUUGCGCAGAACAAAACCAUAAGCGUGGCGGAAGACUGGGACCGCUCGCCAGCGCAGCUCGCCUGGGUUGAUGCGGAGACACUGGCGGUGACGUACAUGGACCACGGGCGCAGUAAGCUGGCCACCGUUGAUGUGCGCACCGGCGCAGUCACGCCGGCUGUCUCGGAGCACUCCACUGGCCUGGUCCGGGUUCUUGAUGGGCGCCGUGCACUCGUGGAGUUCAGCGCGCUGGACUCGCCCACAGACCUAUUCGACGUGUCGCUGGACUCCGGGGAGAUGCACCGCUUGACUGCGCUUAACGCGGACCUCCGCGCACGCGACGUUCUGAGCAGCCCCGAGGACGUGGAGUUCAUUGGCGCGGAUAACCAGACAAUCCACGGGUUUAUCCUGCAUCCUCCGGGGUUCGACCCGGAGCGCACGUAUCCGCUGGCGCUGGUAAUCCAUGGUGGGCCGCAGUCAAGCUUUGCAGAUGCGUGGAGUAGCCGGUGGAACCUCAAUGUGUUUGCCAGCGCCGGGUUCGUCACCGUGGCGCUGGAUCCGCAGGGGUCAACCGGGUACGGACAAAACUUUACAGACGCAAUCCGCAACCAGUGGGGCGGCAAGCCGUAUGACAGCCUGAUGCUCUCCGUUGACCAGCUGCUCCAGCAACGGCCAUACGUGGACUCCCAAAGGAUGGCAGCUCUCGGGGCGAGCUACGGCGGGUAUAUGAUUAACUGGAUCAACGGCCACACUGACCGAUUCCGCUGCUUGGUUAAUCACGACGGGAUAUUCUCUACUGUCAGCACUUAUUAUAGCACGGAGGAGCUGUACUUCCCUGAGACCGAGUUUGAGGGCACACCAUUUGAGGAAAAGGCAAGGGCAAACUACGAAAGGUGGAAUCCUGAGAGGUUCGUUGCCAAGUGGAGGACGCCGACGCUGGUCGUGCAUGGGGAGAAGGAUUACCGGCUGACUGUGUCCGAAGGCUUGAGCACAUUUACGGCGCUAAGGAGGCAGCGCGUGCCGGCGAAGCUGCUGUACUUCCCGGAUGAGAACCACUGGGUGGUGAAGCCAGCCAACUCGCUCAGGUGGCACACUGAGGUUCUCGAGUGGAUCACCCAGUGGACCGAACAAGAGCCGGCGGAGAAGGAGGAGAGGGGGUCCCGCAGAUUCACACUGCAGAACCAGAAACCAGCCGACGAGAAUCUCAUUAAUUAAUUGCAAUUGAAUAAAUAAAAUUCAUUUAUUUUUACUUGAGUCUGCG